UCCGGGGUGAAAGGUUUUCUAUCAAUGGACGAAUCGGGCUAGCUAGCCGAAUUGCUAGCUAGCUCAAUCAUCGGGGUUUUUUAUUUAAACGCCAAUUUCUUAACAACACAAUGAAUCGCCCAAAGCCGCCAACAAUAAGACGACCAAGCACUGCCAAACCUUCAGGCCACCCCCCUCCUGGUGAUUUUAUAGCUUUGGGAUCAAAGAGCCAAGCCGGUGAGCCCAAAGCGCCAGCUGUUCUGCUGAAGCCUGCGUCCACCGGUCUUCCACCUGAUCGCAAGAGAGAGACCACCUCGUCGUUGCCAUCCUCCUCUGGUCUGUCCAGCCUCUCCAAGCGUCCCAAACUCUCCACUCCUCCGGUCAGUGCCUUGGGACGACUGGCUGAUGUUGCUGCUGUUGACAAAAGGGCGAUAUCUCCUUCUAUCAAGGAGCCCUCGGUUGUGCCUAUUGAAGUUCCACCCGCAGUCCUCUUGGACGAGAUCGAAGCUGCGGAAUCUGAGGGUAACGAUGACCGCAUUGAGGGGGUUCUCUGUGGAGCGGUCAAGCAGCUGAAGAUGAACCGUGCAAAACCUGACAGCACACUGUACCUGAGCCUCAUGUUCCUGGCCAAAAUAAAGCCUAAUGUCUUUGCCACCGAGGGGGUCAUUGAGGCCCUGUGCAGCCUGCUGCGACGGGAUGCCUCCAUCAAUUUCAAGGCCAAGGGGAACAGCCUGGUGUCUGUGCUGGCCUGCAACCUGCUGAUGGCAGCCUAUGAGGAGGAUGAGAACUGGCCUGAGAUUUUUGUUAAGGUAUACAUCGAGGACUCUCUGGGAGAAAGGAUCUGGGUGGACAGUUCUCACUGCAAGAACUUUGUGGACAACAUCCAGACAGCCUUCACCACCAAGAUGCCCCCGAAGAGCAUGUUACUACAGACGGACACAGGACGCUCAGGCGGAGACCUCAGUGCCGGGAGCAGCCCCCACCCCUCCACUCCAGAUGAGGAUGACAGCCAGACUGAGCUGCUUAUCGCCGAAGAGAAGCUGAGUCCUGAGGAUGAGGGACAGGUCAUGCCCAGGUAUGAGGAGCUGGCAGAGAGCGUGGAGGACUACGUCCUGGAUGUCCUGCGGGACCAACUGAACCGCCGGCAGCCGAUGGACAACGUGUCAAGGAACCUGCUGCGUCUCCUGACUGCCACGUGCGGCUACAAGGAGGUGCGGCUGAUGGCCGUGCAGAGGCUGGAGAUGUGGCUGCAGAACCCCAAGCUGACCCGCCCAGCACAGGACCUGCUCAUGUCCCUUUGCAUGAACUGCAACACCCAUGGGACAGAGGACAUGGAGGUGGUGUCCAACCUCAUCAAGAUUCGCCUUAAGCCCAAAGUCCUGCUGAACCACUACAUGCUCUGCGUCAGGGAGCUUCUAAAUGCGCACAGAGACAACCUGGGCACAAUGGUGAAGCUUGUGAUUUUCAAUGAGCUAUCCAACGCCAGGAACCCCAACAACAUGCAGGUCCUUCACACCGUGCUGCAGCACAGCCCAGAGCAGGCGCCAAAGUUUCUGGCCAUGGUGUUCCAGGAUCUUCUGACCAACAAAGAUGAUUAUCUGCGGGCCUCUAGAGCCCUGCUGAGGGAGAUCAUCAAGCAGACCAAACAUGAGAUCAACUUCCAGUCCUUCUGCCUGGGUCUCAUGCAGGAGAGGAAGGAGGCGUCCUAUGUGGACAUGGAGUUCAAGGAGCGCUUCGUCAUCCAGGUGACAGACCUGCUGACCGUCUCCAUGAUGCUGGGCAUCACAGCUCAGGUGAAGGAAGCGGGCAUCGCCUGGGACAAAGGGGAAAAGAAAAAUCUGGAAGUGCUGCGGUCCUUUCAGAAUCAGAUUGCUGCCAUACAGAGGGACGCUGUGUGGUGGCUCCACACCGUGGUGCCCACCAUCAGCAAAGUGGGGCCCAAAGACUACGUUCACUGCCUCCACAAAGUCCUCUUCACUGAGCAGCCGGAGACCUACUACAAGUGGGAUAACUGGCCUCCAGAGAGCGAUCGGAAUUUCUUCCUGCGCCUGUGCUCAGAGGUGCCCCUGCUGGAGGACACCCUGAUGCGCAUCCUGGUCAUAGGACUGUCACGCGACCUUCCCCUGGGGCCUGCCGACGCCAUGGAGCUGGCAGACCACCUGGUGAAGAGGGCGGCUGGGGUGCAGUCUGACGACCUGGACGUGUUGAAAGUGGAGAGAAUCCAGUUGAUCGAUGCCGUGCUGAACCUGUGCACCUACCAUCACCCAGAGAACAUCCAGUUGCCUGCUGGGUAUCAGCCUCCAAACCUGGCCAUCUCCACGCUGUACUGGAAAGCCUGGCUGCUGCUGCUGGUGGUGGCUGCCUUCAACCCACAGAAGAUCGGUCUGGCUGCCUGGGAUGGCUAUCCCACGCUGAAGAUGCUGAUGGAGAUGGUCAUGACGAAUAACUACUCCUACCCGCCAUGUACUGUGGCAGACGAGGAGACCAAGACGGAGAUGAUCAACCGCGAGCUGCAGAUCUCCCAGCGGGAGAAGCAGGAGAUCCUGGCCUUCGAAAGCCACCUGGCGGCUGCCUCCACCAAGCAGACCAUCACCGAGAACAACAGCUUGCUGCUGUCCCAGCUCACCAGCCUGGACCCGCAGGGCCCCCCUCGCAGACCCCCACCUCACAUCCAGGAGCAGGUGAAGAGUCUUAACCAGUCGCUACGCCUGGGUCACCUGCUGUGCCGCAGCCGCAGUCCGGACUUCCUGCUUAACAUCAUCCAGAGACAGGCCUCUUCUCAGUCAAUGCCCUGGUUGGCCGACCUUGUCCAGUCCAGCGAGGGGUCCUUGGACGUGCUGCCCGUGCAGUGCCUGUGUGAAUUCUUGCUCCACGAUGCCGCAGAUGACUCGUCUCCAGUCGAAGACGAGGAGGAGGGAGAGAGCAAGGAGCAAAGAGCAAAGAAAAGACAAAGACAGCAAAAACAAAGGCAGCUCCUUGGACGCCUGCAGGAUUUACUCUUGGGUCCUAAAGCAGAUGAGCAGACCACAUGCGAGGUCCUGGAUUACUUCCUGCGACGCCUCAGCUCCUCUCAGGUCGCCUCCAGAGUGCUGGCCAUGAAGGGCCUGUCUCUGGUGCUCUCGGAGGGGGGGCUGCGGGACGGCGAGGAGCGGGACCAGCCCAUGGAGGAGGACUCCAGAGACGCCGAGCUGCUUCCAGGGUACCAGUGGCUCCUGCAGGACUUACCCAAGCUGCCCCUGUUCGACAGCGUGCGGGGCAUGACGUCCAGCGCUCUGCAGCAGGCCAUUCACAUGGAGACGGAUCCUCAGACCAUCAGCGCCUACCUCAUCUACCUCUCCCAGCAUGCACCAGUGGAGGAGCAGGCUCUUCACAAUGACCUUGCUCUGGACGUGGCCCGGCUCAUCGUGGAGCGCUCCACCAUCAUGAACAGCCUGUUCUGCAAACACUCGUGCAGGCCAGAGUCGGACGCCGUGCUCUCCGCCCUCAUUGCCAUCUUCUCCGCCUACAUCCGGAGAAUGAGGAAGACCAAGGAGGGGGAGGACCUCUACAGCUGGUCUGAGUCUCAGGACCAGGUGUUUCUGCGCUGGACGACUGGGGAGACUGCCACCAUGCACAUUCUGGUGGUCCAUGCCAUGGUCAUACUGCUGACCUUGGGCCCACCAAAAGGGGACAGUGAUUUUUAUAACCUCCUGGACAUCUGGUUCCCCGACAAGAAGCCCCUCCCCACAGCCUUCCUUGUGGACACCUCAGAGGAAGCCCUUCUGUUGCCUGAUUGGCUGAAGCUGAGGAUGAUCCGCUCUGAAGUCUCCCGAUUGGUGGAUGCAGCCUUGCAAGACCUGGAGCCACAGCAGCUCCUGCUGUUUGUCCAGUCAUUCGGGAUCCCAGUGUCCAGCAUGAGCAAACUGCUGCAGUACCUGGACCAGGCCGUGUCCCACGAUCCUCAGACCCUGGAGCAGAACAUCAUGGACAAAAAUUACAUGGCUCACCUGGUGGAAGUGCAACACGAGCGGGGCGCCACUGGGGGGCACACUUUCCACACCCUGCUCAGCGCCUCUCUUCCCCCUCACAGAGAUAGUGCAGAACUAAGCCGGGCUAAAGUUACUGUAGAAACACCCCCUGGCACAGUGAAGAUGCGAGCAGCCAAUCAGAUUCCGGCAAUCGGGCCUGAGGAUGACCUAACUGGAAUGCUUCUUCAGCUGUUUCCUCUGAACGUGGACCCUCGCUGGCCCAGCUCUCCGCCCCGGCAGCUCCCCCUGGCCCUGCAGCAGGCCCUGGCUCAGGAGUUGGCCCGCGUCCGGCAGGGACACGCCCAGCCCGGGGGCGUGGUCACCCGCCUCCUGCAGGCCCUGGCGGCUCUGCUGAACUCCACCCACGGGGGCGCCCUCGUCAUGGCCAUGCACCGCAGCCACGCCCUCUCCUGCCCUCUGCUGCGUCAGCUCCACCAGUACCAGAGGCGCGUUCCUCAGGACGUGGCCUUCUCCUCGCUCUUCUUCAAGGCUGCCAUGCAGAUGCUGACAUGGCUGGAGAGCCCGGCGGUGGAGCCAGGCCCCCUUCAGGCCCUGCUGAAGGCCUUCGCCGCCCAGUACUCCCACAAGCAUCGCCUCAGCGAUGUGCGAACUGGCUUCCUUCACCUGGCUGAGGCGCUAGCAUACCGGCGUGAUUCGGAGGUAGCUGUGAGGGCCGUCAUCGCCACCCUGAAAGCUGGAGAGAGGUGCAACGCAGAACCUGAACUCCUUAGGAAAGUGCUGCAGGGCUUGGUGGAAGUGAAGUCCCCUUACCUUGAGGAACUCCUGUCCUUGCUGAUGACUGUUGGCAUGGAAACGGGAGCCGCCACCUCCACAACAGGCCCCGUAUCCAUGGUAAUCUCUCUGCUGCUUCAGGAAACUGAGGAGAGAGCUGUCAAGAUGGAGGUGGAUUCCAGCAACUCUGAGGUGACGAAGACGGGGUCGUGCUCAGGGCUGCUUGUCGAUUGGCUGGAGCUGCUUGACCCUGAGGUGACCUCUGUCUGCCCGGACCUACAGCAAAAACUGCUCUUUGCGCUAAACAAGGGAAAGGGAGGCCAGAUGGCCCCAGCUCCCUCCUACAGACCCUACCUCCUGGCCUUACUCACCCAUCAGUCCAACUGGACCACGCUCCAUCAAUGCAUCAGCACCCUCCUCAGCCCGCAGAGAGAGCAGAGGGUGGACCCCACAUCCGCUCUGGACUUCCUGUGGGCCUGCAGCCACAUCCCUCGUAUCUGGCAGGGCCGUGACCAGAAAACCCCGCAGAAGCGCACUGAGAAGUUUGUCCUGCGUCUGAAGCCGGAGGAGCUGAUCAGCCUGGUGGAUCUCAUCCUGUCAGAAUCGGAGCUGAACAGCCUCAGCUCAGCCGACAGCAAGAGGAGCCCGGACCAGACCUCCUGCUCCCUCAUCCAAUCACGGCUGCCCUUGCUGCACAGCUGUGUCCACGGAGACCUGGAAAGUGUGAAGAAAGUGUCAGAGUAUCUGAUCAACUGCACGAAGAAGUGGGAGGAGAGUGUGAUGAGUAAGAGGUGCCAGAGUCUGCUGCUGCAGAUCUACCUGCAUUUCCCAGAGGUCAUCCAGCACGUGACUCUGCCUGAAGCCACCCUGAACAGCGAGGGGGCCGCUGAAGGCAGCACCUGUAAGCUGGACGCCCUGGUACAUCGCCUGAUCACGCUGCUGGCCGACAGCGGGGACUCCAAAUCCGCCGAGAGCCGCAUGUCAGACGCCAACCUGGCGUGCAGAAAGCUGGCUGUGUCCCACCCUGUCCUCCUGCUCAGACACUUGCCCAUGAUCGCGGCCCUCCUGCACGGACGCAUCCACCUGAAUUUCCAGGAGUUCCGGCAGCAGAAUCACCUCACCUUCUUCAACGACGUGCUCGCCAUCCUGGAGCUGCUGCAGCCCCUGGUUUUCCAUACUGACCACCAGAGGGCACUGCAGGACUCACUGCUGUCAUUCAUCCAGGUCCUGCAGAACUUCAGGAAGUAUUCCCGGCUGUUGUCCGUCUUCAUCAGUAAGUUUGUGCAGUUCAUCCAGAGGUACAUCACCCAUGAUGCUAGUGCAGCCGUCCCGUACCUGCAGAAGCACUCCGACAUCCUACAGGGACUCUCUUCAGAAAAUCCUGAUCUGGUGCAGCUAAAGUCUCUGCUGGCCGGCCUGACUCUGCCAGUGAGGGCGGGGCCCUCUGAGAGCGUCUCUGACGACCGAGAUGAUGACUCCUCGACAGGGUCACUCCCUCUGGUCAGCAUUUCAGCCUCUGCCCCGCUGACCGCCGCCGACAUGACCAAGUAUCUCAAGAAGAUCUCCAGGGGAGAGGCCAUCGAAGAUGUCCUGGAAGUUCUCAGUGAGGUUGAUGAGAAAUCCAGGAGAAGCCCUGAGGUCAUCCAGUACUUCACUAAUGAUCUCCAGAGACUAAUGAGUUCUCCGGAGGAGUUGUGUCGGAACAUGGCCUUCAGCCUGGCCCUGCGCUGCAUUCAGAACAGCCCCUGCAUGGCCACCGAGUUCCUGCCCACGUUCAUGUACUGCCUGGGGAGCGGAAACUUCGACGUGGUGCAGACGGCGCUGAGGAACCUCCCCGAAUACGUGCUGCUCUGCCAAGAGCAUGCUGAUAUACUGUUGCACAAGGCCUUCCUGGUGGGAAUUUACGGUCAGAUUGAUACCAGCUCCAUGAUCUCUGAGUCGAUGAAAGUCCUCCACAUGGAAGCAACAACGUAAAAGCUCAUUCUUCUUGGAGUUUUCUGUCUGUUCGGUGAAGCUUCAAGUUUCCUUGUAAAGAAUGCUUGGACAAAAAUUCUGAGCAGGUUUUCAAAUGUAACUUUUAAGGAGCCAGUCACAAA